CUUAAUGGUCACGUGAUGACCUCCCCCCCCCGAGGGGAGCCUUCAGUGACGCGCCGGCAGGAGGGAGUGGACUCGUGGAGCCAAUCAGAAGGCGAGUGCCUGGCCUGGAGAGUGUGGGGCCAUGGGAGGCGCGAGAAGGUGCUUAAAGUGCCGAGCGCGAGCUCCGGGGAGCAGAGAUCGUGCGCUGCACCUCCUGGAAGCAUCAUGACCACCGAAGGGGUAGCCGUUGUGUUGGUUGCCGCUGCGAGGACGCCGAUUGGAUCUUUCAACGGUGCCCUGUCUGGUUUACAUGCCCAUGAGUUGGCUUCCAUAGCCAUUAAGGAAACCUUGCAGAGGACAAAAAUUGAUCCUAAAGAUGUUUCUGAAGUUAUAUUGGGACAAGUCUUGGCUGCAGGUGCUGGUCAGAAUCCUGCUCGGCAAGCCAGUGUUGGUGCAGGGAUUCCCUACGACGUACCUGCUUGGAGCUGCCAAAUGAUAUGUGGUUCUGGCCUGAAAGCAGUCUGCUUAGGAGCUCAAUCCAUUCUGAUCGGAGAUUCCAGCAUUGUGGUGGCUGGAGGCAUGGAAAGCAUGAGCAAGGCACCCCAUGUCAUUCAUAUGCGGAAUGGAGUAAAGAUGGGGGAAACCACCUUGGCGGACAGUAUCAUCCUCGAUGGUCUCACAGAUGCCUUUUACCAUUACCACAUGGGCAUAACUGCUGAAAAUGUAGCCAAGCAAUGGCAUGUUAAGCGAGAAGAGCAAGACCAACUGGCUGUAAAGUCGCAGAACAGGGCUGAAAAUGCCCAGAAGGCUGGUUAUUUUGAUAAAGAGAUUGUGCCGGUUCUUGUGCCUUCCAGGAAAGGUUCUGUGGAAGUUAAAACAGACGAGUUUCCUCGCCAUGGCUGUAACUUAGAAGCGGUGGGAAAGCUAAGGCCCCACUUUGUGACUGAUGGGACGGGAACUGUCACUGCAGGAAAUGCCUCAGGUGUAAAUGAUGGUGCUGCAGUUGUAAUUCUCAUGAAGAAAGCAGAAGCUGUUAAACGAGGUCUGCCUCCUCUGGCACGGAUUGUGUCUUGGGCUCAAGCUGGUGUCGACCCUUCCGUGAUGGGAAUAGCUCCUGUCCCAGCAAUAAAAAAAGCUCUUGAAAAAGCGGGUUGGACUAAGGAUGAUGUAGACUUGUAUGAAAUUAAUGAAGCCUUUGCUUCUCUUAGUGUUGCAAUAAUAAAAGAGCUAAAAUUGAACCCGGAAAAGGUGAACAGUGUGGGUGGGGCUGUUGCCCUUGGUCAUCCUCUUGGAGCAUCAGGAUGUCGCAUCCUUGUUACUCUUGUGCAUGCACUAGAACGAACAGGUGGAAGACGGGGAGUUGCUGCUUUAUGUAUAGGAGGAGGGAUGGGCAUAGCUAUGUGUGUUGAAAGAUAAAAGGCUAUUUUCCCUUAUCUGUACUAAACCAUUUCAAUUUUAAUUAAAAUGUUUUACAAGACCUACUAA